GAAGAGCCAAAUCAUGACAACAAAUUUAUGGGUGAAACAUGCUUGGUACGACUACAAGCUGACGUGGUCGCCGGACCUGUACGGUGGAGUGGAGAUGCUGCACGUGCCGUCCGACCACAUCUGGAGACCUGACAUCGUGCUCUACAACAA